AAUCAUUGCAAAACCUGACUAGUUUACGAGACGUAUGAUAUUUGUUUUGCUGAUCUGCAGAUAUCCUCCAUAGUCGCGCUACUAAGAACAAUCUCUCACCGGGAGAAGCACGUUUCAUCGCUUUACCUUCUCUGUCGCGUAACGUCUAGCAUAAACCGGGCUGGAAUUCCGGAGAUAGAAGGACACUGGUCAUGCCAUCUAGUCACAUGUGUUCUGUUGCCGUGUCUUCCGGCAAUGAAGAGCUCGAAACAUCGUCUCUGUGCAACAAAUGCGAAUCGAUCUUCCACUUCGAAUAUAUCGGAUGGCGUAAAGACGACAUGAGGCCGCAUCACAUUACCAUGAAUACCCUGGAACAAUCUGCCAAUUCCGACUGUUAUAUCUGUACUCGUCUUUUGAAGAGUGUGAGUGGUUGUCGAAAGAUAAAUAUCCAGUUUGCAGGGAUCAAGUCUCGGCAAUGGGUCUUUGAAUUUAUCGUCGUCUUCUGUAUUCAAUACUGGGAAGCCCCCAGCGAUGAAUACGAAUGGAGCCCGAUGAGAGUCAUCGAGACUGAAUUUUGCUGUCUCAGCUUGGACCGGGCCAGACAGUUGAGUAUGCAGAGGUCGCUCCAGGUUGGAACUCGCUCGCAUAAUACCAUGCGACAAGCCCGAAAUUGGAUCGAUCAAUGUAUGAGGAAGCAUGAACGUUGUACCGUAUUUGAGGAACAGUCAUGGAUACCGUCGCGCCUAGUCAACGUUGAAAGAAUUUCAAAGUCGACCAUGGUUGCCAAGCUCUGUACCCGAGGAACCAUUGCACCUGGGACGUCCUAUCUUUCGCUUAGCCACCGAUGGGGCAAAGGGGAUUUUUUGACUCUGAAAUCUCAGUCCCUGGAGUCUUGGAAGAAAAGAAUUCCUAUUGAUGAACUUAGCCGGGUGUUCCAAGACGCGAUACAUGUAACAGACGCACUCGGUUUCGCAUAUAUCUGGAUCGAUUCACUUUGCAUCAUUCAAGACGAUCUGAACGACUGGAAAAGGGAGUCCAUGACGAUGCAUCGCAUCUACAAAGGCGCUGCGUGUAAUCUUGCGGCCGCAGAGUCCGAGAGCGGUGAAGAAGGCUUCGUCAACACGCAGCGACCGAGCAAUCCAAUGUUUCCGAUAGUUCGGACUUUAUGGCUGGACCGCCCCCAAAGAAUGGGCUAUUUGAUAGCAGGUCGUCCUUUUGAGCAUCGACAUGAGGGCCCUCUAUUCACGCGAGCUUGGGUAUUACAGGAGCAAAUACUAGCCGCCCGAACGUUGAAUUUUGGUGGGGAGUCUGUUUCUUGGGAAUGCAAUGAGCUUGUGGCUGAUGAAAUGUGGCCCCUGGGAUUUCCGCUGGAGGAAGGGCGACCAAAUACGUACAACCCAGUGGAGCGAAGAUCCAUCGACGUUGGUGUAUCCCAGAUCAAACUGAGGGAGCUAUCAACUAAGCCGCUAACUGUUAAGCAACACGUGAUUCAUCACGCUUGGAAAUGUAUCAUCGUAGACUACAUGCGACGCGACAUAUCAAAGCCCUCUGACAGAUUACCGGCUCUUGCUGGACUUGCGAAUGCUUUCCAAUCAAUACUACCCACGGAUCGCUAUCGCUUUGGAGCAUGGAUGAACGAUCCCAUGAGCCUGCUGUGGUCACCUCGUCAUCAAGAGUUCCAAGAAUAUGAGCUCGCGAACGAAGUUCCGAGUUGGUCCUUUGCACGAUACGAAACAGAGAUAUAUUGGAGAUACGGAAAAGAAGAAGCCAGAGACAGGACCAACUACAUGCUCGCACAAUGCCUGGACGCGCCAGCUUGCGAUGCCUUUCCUUCGCAGCUACAUAUUCAAGGACCACUCAUGCUUCCGCGUAGGAUUCCUCCGGAGUAUUCUAAUGAGUUCAAGUUUUCUGUGGAACUCAGGGCAGGCGGCGCUUGCGCGUUCACUUAUCACAUGGAUACCCGUUUCCUGAGAUCUGUCAAGUCCGAAAUCAAGGACGAAUCCCAUCCAGAAAGCAGUUUCCAUGUUUUGCCAAUUGUGGAAAUAUGGUUGUCCCAAACCUAUGGUGGCCAGAAGUGGGGCGUAUGGAGCAUGCUUCUGAAGCGCGAUCACACCCUCGGGAAAGCCUUUUAUAGACGUGCAGGAACUGCAUACCACAUUUCAAGAGUGGCUUUCGGAAGCUUGUUGCCCCAACUUCAGGAAGGGUUAAGCGAGGAUGACUACGUGGAUAUGGACGUGGAUGGGACUUGUACGGUCAUAGUAGUGUAG